AGAAACCGCCCCACCCCCGCCCACCGGCCCCUCUGCGCGCCUCUCGUCGAGACCCCUCCCCUCGACCACUCCUCUCGCCAUGACCAAGAACGAGGGCGGCCCCCCGGAGCCAUGCGGCUUCGUCGAACGCGGCCCCGAUGGCAUCGACCGCGUUUGUGACACCCCCUGCGUCCGCGGCCCCGACUACCACGCUCACGUCAUGCUCGUCCACGAUCCGCUCAAUGAGCUCGGCCGCUGCAAGCGCCAGAACGUCGACACCCGCUCGCGCUCGCGCUGCCCGUACAUCGGCUCCCAGUGCCCGUUCCUCGGCUGCUGCAAGCACAUCAAAAAGUCCAAGGAGCACUUCGAGUCCCAUGUCAUCAUGCACACUUCCUUCCAUGCGAUGCUUUGCACCCGGUGCAAUAGCCGCUUCAUGCGUCCGGCCACCAUCAAGGAGCAUCUGGCCCAGUGCUUCGAGGCGGAGCUCCAGCGCGCCGAGGCCGAGGCCAUGGCCGACCCUGCCGCCGCCGCGGCCAGCCUCACCGAGGGUGCUUCUUCCAGCCCGUCGCCGGAUGCGUCGUCCCCGAUGCCGGCCGGCGCCGGCGCCGGCACCACCAACAACAAGCGCGAGAUCAUCCGCAAGGCCCACCUGAAGAAGAUCCUCAAGGACCGCGUGUGCGACCUGCAUGCCGAGCUGGUGUGGCUGGCGGCCGAGAUGACCGCCAACUCCGACAUGAUGGUCCUGACUUCGGCGGCCGUGGCGGCCGUGGUCGGUGGCGGCCCGACUCCUCCCCGGGCCGCCGGUGCUUCCGGGGAAAACCCCGGCGCGGUGACCGCCAUGUCGGCCACCUCCGGCAUGACGUCCCCCCGGCCGCGGCGCUUCAACGGCACCCUGCCCCAGGUGUGGCGUGAUCUGCUCGAGGGCCAGGUCAAGAAGUGGAAUGCCCUCGGCCUGUCCGGGUCUCCGGCGGCCGUGGCCGCGGCCAUGGCUUCCAAUGCCUCGGGGGUCGGCACCCCGGGCAUCGGUCUUCUGCCCGGUGGUCCGACCGCCGGCCUGGCCAUUCCCCCCGGGGCUGCCCUGCAUCCGGCGGCCGCCGCCGGUCCCACGCCGAUCCAGGGUCGCAAGCGCUCGCGCCGCACUUCGCCGGUGACGGCGGCCGUUGAGGCGGCGGCGGCUGCGGCGGCGGCCGCCGCCGCGGCUGCCGCCGCCGCCGGCACCUCCACCGACCCGGCCGGCAGCCCGACCCCGCCGCCCGGCGGGCUGAGCAUCGUCCCCCCGGGCAUUCCCCUGGGUCCGUACACCAGCAGCCUGGCUGGCCUGACCGGCAUCCCCGGGGCCAUGAUCAAGUCCUCCGGCGCCGGCGGGGCCUCCGGCAAGGGCGCCGCGGGGGCCGCCUCGCCGGCGAAGCGCGCGCGCACCGGCAGUCGUGCGGGCAUCGCCUCGACUCCGACCCGCGCGGCCGGUGAUGCCGCCACGACCGAUGCCCCGGACGCCGGGGCCGGGGCCGGGGCCGGGGCCAGCGGUACCGGCGCCGAGCCCGGUGCCCUCAUCUCCGUGGACACCCCGCUGCCGGAUCUGUCCUCUCCCCUGGAUCCGGCUGCCACUCUGAGCCCUCUCCUGUCCCUCCCUGCUGGCGCGCAUCUCCCCCUGGCCGGCCUCGCCGGGCAACCCUUCACCCUGUCCGGGUAUCCCCACCUGUCGGCGGCUGCGGCGGCUGCGGCCGCGGCCGCGGCGGCCAACCAGCUGUCCCCGGUGGCCACCCCCCUGUCUCCCUCGUCCCAGCUGGCCGCCCUCAAUGUCAGCGGCAUGACUGUCCAGCAGCAGUUCCAGCUUCUUCAGCAGCAGCAGCAGCAGCUCCAGCUCCUGCAGCAGCAGCAGCAGCAACAGCAACAGCAACAGCAACAGCAGCAGCAGCAACAGCAGCAGCAGGCGGCGGCGCAGGCGGCCCCGGGCACCCCGGCCGCCGCGGGCGCCGGCACUCCCGGUACCCCGGCCGCCGGCCAGCAGUCGCCCCAGCAGCAGGCAGCGGCCGCUGCGGCCGCCGCGGCCGCCGCCGCCCACCCCUCGGCCGCCCACGCGCAGCUCCACCAGCAGCAGUAUCAGCUCCUGCUGCAGCUGCAACUCCAGCAGCAGCUCCAGCAGCAGCAGCAGCAGCAGCAGCAGCAUCGCCUCCUGCAGCAGGCCCAGUCCCUGCCGCCCCCGCUGCAGGCCCAGAUCCAGGCCCAGCUGCAGGCCCAGCUCCAGCCCCUGUCGCUGUCCACCUCGCAGCUGGUGUCCCAGCUGACCCCGCAGCAGCUCCAGCAGCUGGCCGCGGUGCACUCCUCGCUCCAGGCGGCCACCAACUCCGGGCUCAUCGGCGGCGUGGCCGGGUCCUGCCCGCCGGUCCUGCCGGGGUCCGUGUGCCCGACGCACGGUGCCGAGGGCGGCUGCAAUCGCUCCAUCGACACGCUGCUCCUGGCGGCCGAGAUGCUCCUGACCAAUCCCCUGUCGGCGGCCGCCUCGGCCGCCGGGGUUCUGCCCGGCUCCGUCGGCCAGAGCCUCCUGGGGGGUGUUCUGCCGGCUGGGGGGAAUUCUCCCUCGGCGGCUGCGGCUGCGGCUGCGGCUGCCGCGGCGGCGGCGGCCGCCGCCGGCACCGACCCCUCCAAGGCUGGCUCCCCCGGUGGUGGGCUUCUGUCGGUGUCCGGCGCCCUGCCGGACCUGUCCGGCGCCGCGGCCGCGGCCGCCGCCUCCUCCAGCCUGCUGGGUGACCUGAAUGCCCGGCGCUGGCAGGACCUCAUGCUGUCGCAGCAGCAGAGCUCCGCCGCCUUGGCCAGUGCCCUGGGCCUGUCGCCGGGGGGUGUGCCUCCGCUGAAUCCGGCCUCCCUGGCGGCCCUGGCCUCCAGCGGCCUGCUGUCCAUGCCCCAGGCCACCGGCCUCGGGGCCGAGUCGGCCCUCUCGCCGCUGGGCUUCGGCGCCCUGGGCGCGGCCAAUGCCCUGGGCGCGGCCGCGGCCGCGGCCGCCGCGGCCGCUGCCGCCAACAACCCCAUGGGUCUGUUGGCCACCACCGGUGGCGGAGGUGCCACCACUGCUGGUGCUGGUGCUGCUGCUGCCGCCACCCCCACUGCCGCCGGGGGGCAACCGCUGCCUGCCGGGGCCGGCGCCGCCACCACCACCACCAUCCCGGUCGCGGCCGAUGCCGAGGGUGCCGGUUCUCCCUCUCCGACGGUCGCCGGUGCCCCUGCUGCUGCUGCAGCCACCACCACCGGGUCACCUCUGAAGCCGGCGGACGCGGCGGUGCCUGCCACCGCGUCGCCCUCCUCGGCCGAGACAUCCACCGCCUCGGACUCGCCGGCGUCGGCGGCCACGGCGUCGGCCGCUGCCCCGGUCGCCGGGACCGAUGCCGCUCCCCCCAAGGCUGCCCUCGAUGCGGCGGCGGCCGCGCUCCCGGUGGCCGCGGCGGACCCUGCGGCCGCCCCGCUGGAGGCCGUCCUGCCGACCCCCGCUGCGGCGGCGGCGGCCGCGGCCGCCGCCAGCCCCGGCCCUGGCACCACGGCCGAGCCCUCGGCCGCCACCCCGGCCGCCGUCUCGUCCUAA